UUGAACUACUUCCUGGUUCCUGCCGUCCAUACGUACACGUGAAGGUCAGCAACAGAGCCACAAAGCAUCCGUAAUUGGGGAAAUAUUGCUGUAAAAACCGCUUUUUAGUAAAAUAUGAACGGCCAGGCAGCGACAACCGACCCUCAGCUUCAGCACUUCAUCGAAAUCGAGUCUCAGAAACAAAGAUUUCAGCAGCUGGUGCAUCAAAUGACGGAGGUUUGCUGGGAGAAAUGCAUGGAUAAACCCGGACCCAAGAUGGACUCAAGGACAGAAAUGUGCUUCGUUAACUGUGUGGAGCGAUUUAUCGACACCAGCCAGUUCAUCCUAAACAGACUGGAACAGACUCAGAGGAGCAAGGGCUCAUAUUCUGAGACCAUGUCAGAAUAAUUAUUAAAAAAACAAAACUGUUACUGAAAGGACUGACAAAACACAUGCACACGGCCCAUGCUCCAUGACCAGGCUGUCUUGUCCUGACACAGCUGUCUGAUAGGAACCGUCCGUUCAACUGGAUAAGAAAGGAGCAGCAUCAAGUGUUACUUUUGAUACAAGUGCCUCAGAUAAACAACCAUGUAUUGAUGCAGAAGUCUAGGUUUUUAUUUGUUCUCUACUAAGCAGAAUAGGAGUGUACAAAACGCUAAGAUUGUGGUCCGUUAACAGUGACUUCAUGUUUUUUUGUUUGUCAAACUGUGAAGCUGAGCUUGAAUGUGUGUGGGAGACUGCAGAAAAGAGGAAGGCAUCUGGGACAUUCAGUGUCAGCCAGCUGUUUUUUGACAGCCACAAGGACUUCAUCACACACUAUGCUGUCUUUUUAGGGAACUUACGGAUGUCCUGACCAAAGAGGCACAAGGUUCUGGACAUAUGCAAUAAACAUAAUGCCAAAUAAUUCUGUCUAUGUUUUGAAAAAAUUGAAGUGAAGUAUUGUUGUAAUUACAUUUUAAUCAAACACAAAUUAAAAGUUCAGUUACACCAGAGAUAUGUUACAGCUCGGCACAUAUUGGGAAUUAAUCCACACAGGAAAAGGAUUUUCUUUGGUGUGGUUUGUAUAAAAUACUGAGGUAUUACAGUUACUCAAAACAGGAAUUAUUCGAACUUGUACAAAAGCAGAUGAUUGAAAUGCAUUAAAGGCAAAUUGCCUUUUAAAUUGGUCUUAAAGCAUACAUUCGUACAACACCAUAUAUGCUUCGGUUAAAAGUGCAAACCUAUGAAUAAGGUUAUUGUUUUCAGUAACGAAGGCACAAUCUGGUUUAGGCAGGCUAAUAGUCAUUCCUAAAUAAUCUUUAAACUUAAUAUACUGUAUUACAAAGUACACUCCAGUGCAACAAACAUAAAACAUUCUGUCCCGUCUCUUAUUAACUUAAGACUUUGAUGUACCAUCAUGCUGAACUAAGAAUGUAAAUUUAAUAUGAAAUCAAGUGAUGACAGGAGCAUUAUGCUCGCUUAGAGCAACUUUGUUCAUCCAGUGCAUAUUGCAUUGUGCAAGACAGACUUGAAAGUAAACUUAUUGUCACAUUGUAAAGCUGUGAUAAGCAGUAAAGCUUCAGAA